UAUGACUACCUCUUCAACUCGUCUCUCAGUCUCUCCAAGAUCAAGGAUGCAGCUCUAGGCGGCAGACUCUUUCGUGCGGUAGAGGACGUGCCUGGCGUCGCCGGAAGGAGCCUGGCUUGGAAGUUGUUCUUGGUUCAAGGCGAACCAUUGCAGAACGGGACGGACGUGAUUUCUGUCUCACCUCUGGAGGCUUUGCGAGUGGUCCGCAAGGAGUAUGCAGCGCUGCUCAUGGAGAAGAUGCGGGCACCGGACGGAAGCUACGAAGAGGGCCUUGUCAUACCUGGUACGGGCGCGUCUCCCCCCAAGGUCGAGCAGUUGAGGCAGGACCUCGAGAAGAACAACCCGUUAAGCUUGGACGACCAGAACCCAUGGACCGAAUGGUUUGCGAAUGUUGAACUGAGGAGGACGAUUCUCCAGGACGUUGAACGCACCUUCCCCGACAUUGGCUAUUUCCGUGACACCGAAGUGCAGGUGCAGCUCACAAACAUCCUCUUCGUUUACUCGGUGAUGCACCCGGAUGUCGGGUAUCGGCAGGGCAUGCAUGAGCUGCUCGCAUCGCUCUAUUACGCCACUGACUUCGACUCGGUCGACGAAGACUCCUCUAGCCUUGACGAUGCAGCCGUGAAAGAGUUCUGCUCCCGCGCCUGGGUUGCUGCCGACGCGUGGGCGCUAUUCGCGUCGGUGAUGCGGGGAGUAGAACGGUGGUAUGAAUGGCAGGAACCGAGAACGGUUGUGGAGAAGACCCCACUGGCAUCUCAUGUUCAGCUCAAGGUCUCUUCAGGGAGUGCGGGCGUAAAGCCGUAUGUCGCGCCUAUAGUAGGGGCAUGCAAUCGCAUACAGUCAGUGCUCCUCAAGUCUGUCGAUCCAGAACUCUGGAAGAGCAUGCAAAGCGCGGGUAUUGAACCCCAGAUUUAUGGAAUCCGCUGGCUACGACUCCUCUUCACCCGUGAAUUUGACAUGCACGAUUCCAUGGUGUUAUGGGACGGUCUGUUCGCUUGCGACCCGACCUUUGACCUUGCCGAGUGGAUUUGCGUCGCAAUGCUCAUUCGCAUACGCAACAAACUGGUUCCUUCUGACUACAGUGGCCAGCUCACUCUCCUCUUGCGAUAUCCUUCGCCGCCGUCGCUGCAAAGCGGGGUGGACGCACCCACAGUCCAUCAUGCAACGCUUCUACUCCGUCAAGCUCUAACAUUACAGAUGUCGCCCAGCCCCACAACCGGGGUGUCAAUUAUUCAUGAAAAUCGCAAUUUGCUUGAUAUACCGAUGGAGGUGCCAGAACCUCCUCCUCCUCCCCCUAGGCGACGGCCAAUUGCUGGCGAAAGAAACCGAUCAUUUACUAUCACUGCAUCAAAAGGCGUGCCUAGUGGCAGUAAUACGCAUACACAUUCGCGCCAACAGUCUACUCCGAUGGGCCUUCCAGAGCUUUUCGCGAGGGGUUUGCUGGAGAGAGGCGAAAGUCUUCAGGGAAUCAACAAGACCGUGAUGAACGCUGUCUCUGAACUGAAGCGCAAUCUGCCCGAUAUUGCAACCCAUCUCAGCCGUCUACCCAUAUCCCCGCAAACGGCAUAUGCUGCAUAUCCGUUGGUAGACGAGCGACCGCCUGCAGAGCGACCCCCGUGGGAGCCUCGCUCGCGCUUCGAAGUGGAGCGGGAAGCAGCAGAUAUGCGCGCCUCGCAGCGGCGGCUCGGUGAUUCGGUUGGUUGGAUCGUCGAUACCCUUCUUUUGGACGAGGAAAGUCCGGAGAACGAGGAGCAACUGAAGAUCAUUCGGAGCAGGAAGCGCGAGGCUCUGGAGUGUCUUGCUUAUGUCCGGGACGUGCUUAAGGGCUCCGUCACGGAGGUUGAGGACGAACGCUUAGUUGGGGAAGAGGAGCGUAAGAGGCGGCAAUCCCUGCAAGAAGAGGAAGCAGCUGAA